UCACUGAGGGGAGAGACACACAGUGUGAGAAAGACGACUCACUGUCAGAAAAAACAACUUUUGCGCUCCUGCUAAGAGAGGAUUGCUACAGGAGGGAGUUCUGGGAAUAUUGAAAUUCUUGGAAUGCUGCCAGUUCAGCACUAAACAUUGGUCAAGAGAGGAAAAAAAACACUGCUCAAAGUGAAACUAACUUCCAGGAAAUGUUUUGGAGGAGGGGCUGAAACCAUUCUGCGCUGACUCACUGCUGUCUGCCUGCUGUGUGAUCACUUCCACUCAUGGAUUCUGCAUCUUAUUUUAUUGAGAGAGACCUCUCGUGUCCGGUCUGCCAGGACAUUUUCAAAGAUCCUGUUCUCCUGUCGUGCAGCCACAGCUUCUGUAAAAGCUGCCUGCAGAGCUGGUGGAAGGAGAAACGAAUCCACGAGUGUCUAAUUUGUAAAAGGAGAUCGUCGAGGAGCGACCCGCCUUCUAACUUGGUGUUAAAGAAUCUGUGUGAGGCCUUCUUAGUGGAGAGAGAUCGGAGAGCUUCGGAGGUUCUCUGCAGCCUCCACUUUGAAAAACUCAAGCUUUUCUGUCUGAACCAUCAGCAGGCGGUGUGCGUUGUCUGUCGAGAUUCAGAAAAACACACCGGCCACAGAUUCAGACCUAUUGAUGAAGCUGCAAAGGAUCACAGGGGAAAACUCAAAGAAUCUCUCAAGCCGUUGCAGGAGAAACUGAAGUUCCUAAGUCAAGUAAAAGGAAACUGUGACCUAACAGCACAACACAUUAAGGUCCAGACUCAACAAACAGAGAGGCAGAUUAAAAAGGAGUUUAAGAAGCUUCACCAGUUUCUAAAAGGGGAAGAGGAAGCCAGGAUAGCUGCUCUCCGGAAGGAAGAGGAGCAGAAGAGUCAGAUUGUGAAGGAAAAGAUAGAGGCUCUGAGCAGAGAGAUAGCAGCUCUUUCACACACAGUCAGAGCCACAGAGGAAGAGCUGAGAGCUGCAGACGUCUCCUUCUUGCAGAACUACAAGGCUGCAGUGGAAAGAGUCCAGCUGCGCUCCCUGCACCAUGAUCCACAGCUGCUCUCAGGAGCUCUGAUAGACGAGGCGAAACACCUGGGCAACCUGACCUUCAACAUCUGGAACAACAUGAAGGAGAUGGUCUCCUACACUCCUGUGAUUCUGGACCCAAACACUGCUGGUUCGGAACUGAUCCUGUCUGAUGAUCUGAGCAGUGUGAGAUGGGGGCAGAGACAGCAGCUUCCUGAAACCCCAGAAAGGAUUACGCACCUCAGCUAUGUACUGGGCUCAAAAGGUUUCAACUCAGGGACUCACAGCUGGGUUAUUGAGGUUGGGGACAAUGAGUACUGGGAGCUGGGUGUGCUGGCAGGGUCUGUCCAGAGGAAGGAAAAUGUCCCAUCUGGACUUUGGAGAAUACGAUUCUACAAUGGUAAAUACAGAGCAUGCUCUAUGUCAGACACAGAGCCUGACACUGAUCUCCCAGUGAAGAGGACAUUCCAGAGGAUCAGAGUGCAUCUGGACUGGGAUAAAGGACUGUUGUCAUUCUCUGAUUCUGAUACUAACACACACAUACACACCUUCACACACACUUUCACUGACACGCUGUUCCCUUACAUUAACUCUGUUAAUGAACUCCCACUGAAAGUAUUACCACUGAAGGUCCAACACCGUUUCUACACAGGAGGAUUAGUGUGAGCAGCAUGUUAGCAGAGCAGCAGCAGAGUGCUGAAUGCUCUGUUAGUGUCUACACAGGAUGCGUUCAGGCACAGUAGCCCAACACACAACUACUAUAGUUAAGCACAAAAAAACGAAAGAAAAUAGACUUGAAGUGUAAAGAUACGCUCGGGGUUGCAUUUACAGAUGCAUUUACAGUGACACAUGAGCCGUUGUGCUGCCAGUGUAGACAGCUGUGUUGAUUAAAAUAGAAGUGUAGCUGUUCUGUCAGACGUGGGUGAGAAGGAUGAUUCAAAAAUGCGUCUGAAAUGCGUUCUGCGUAGAAACAGUCAGUUAUAGUAAAGUGCGACCAGUGGUUGAAGAAGUACUCAGAUCCUUUGCUUAAGGAAGAGUGGCAAUACAUCAAUGUAAAAAUA